UCAGCACGGAGCAGAAAGAAUGGCGACUGUGAAAAUCACUGAUGAUAAUAUUUUGUGUCCUGUUUGUUUGGACUUGUUUAAAGAACCUGUAAUACUGGAAUGUGGACAUCACUUCUGCAAAUCCUGUAUAGAUAAAGCCUGGGGCUCUCAGGACAUUAUCAUGUGUCCUGAGUGCAGACAUGAAUUCCCUGCCAAGAAGUACAUCGUUAACAGGCUGUUGAGUAAGAUUGUUGAGACAGCUGAAAGGGCCCAGCAGUGUGAGGAAGCAGAAAAACUAUACCAGGAGCAGAAGACACAAUGUGUACUUCAAUCACAGGAAUGCUUAGAGCAUAAAGAGCUACUGAAAGUGUUUUGUCAAGAAGAUGGGCACCCCGCAUGCGUAGUCUGUAUGAUAUCAUCUAAGCAUGCGGGGCACAAAUUCCCCCUGCAGGAAGCAGUCAACAUGUUUCAGGAAAAGCUGAAAACUGCUGAAACUAUUCUAAAGCACAGAAUUAACAAUCUAAAUGAACACCAAAAGAAGCAAGAACAGCUUAUAUCUGGUAUCCAGGAUGAAGCCCAGAGCUUGGAACAGCACAUUACAUCAGAAUUUGUCGAGCUGCGACAGUUUCUCCAGGAUAAGGAACAACAGCUGAUCCAACAGCUCAAGGAAGAAGCUGCAGGAAUUCUGGAAAAGAUGACAGAAAACUUAGAGAAAAUUGAAGAAAUGAAUAACGCUCUUCAGAAGGAUAAAUCCAACAUUGAAUCAACAUUGCAGCAGGAAGACUCUGUAUGUUUUCUCAAAGGCAUCACAGAUGAAAUAAAAAGCAUCAUGAAAAGACUAGAAGAAGAAGAAAAACAAAACAAAACGAGGAAAGGUGUAUUUAAUGCUGAACUGGUUUCUGGCAGCCUAUGUUUUGCGGUAUACAAAGCCCCCCUGCAAUAUAGAAUUUGGAAAGAAAUGAGGUCUGUCAUCAACCCAGGCCUGUUUCAUCUGACCUUGGACCCUAACACAGCAAAUCCUUGGCUCUUUCUGUCUGAGGACCUUACCAGUGUGACACACGGUACUGUUAAACUACAUCUGUCCGACAACCCUAAAAGAUAUAAUUCACAUCACUGUGUGCUGGGAUCACAGAGCUUCACAUCAGGAAGGCAUUACUGGGAGGUGGAGGUGGGGUGCAAGGCUGACUGGCAGUUAGGUGUUACAACAGAGUCCAGCAAGAGGAAGGGGACAAUUGCAAUGAACCCAAAGUGUGGAUAUUGGGUAAUAUCUCUGACAAUCAGUAAGUAUUAUGCUCUGGAUUUGUCAGUCAUGCUUCUCAGACUAAGUGUGAAACCACAAAAGAUUGGAGUGUACCUGGACUAUGAGGGAGGUCAGGUGUCAUUUUACAAUGUAGAUAACACGUCCCACAUCUACACUUUUACUGAUACUUUCACAGAAAGACUUUACCCUUAUUUUUUGGUUGGUUGUUAUUCAAAACUACUAAGCCAGUCAAGCAUAAAACUGUAAUGAUGAUUUGCACAUACCAAUGUUUAUUGUUAAGGAAAUUAUUGAUAUAUCCAAAUGUCUAUAAAAUACAUUUUAGUCAUUGUAUAACAAAGUAAAAACAUACCUAUUUCAGAACCACUGUAAUGGUGCCAUGUACACAGUAGAAGUAUGUUUAGUAGUGAGAGAUAUUAGUGGAUAAUUAAACAGCUGCAUGAAUUUAAUUCAUUGUACUGCACUCCCAAUACACAAGUGUUAUUUGCACGGGGGGGGGGGGUGCUGAAACAACAUUUUUACAUGAAUCCUAAUGACUUGCAUUCCCUCCAAGUAAAAUUACAUACAUCACUGCAUAUGGAGAUUAUUCCUGCCAAAAGUCAUAUGGUCAAAGUCAUGGCACUUACUUAAGUCAUACAUAUGGCAAUGUCUGCUUGUGGAACCAUUUGUUUGGGAAAAGCAUCAUGGUUAGACUUAUAUGAGAGCAUUUACAUGAUGUACAUAAGAAAGGAAAUAAAGACCAAUUGCCAGGACAUAU